UGGCAAGAAGUGGUAUCGGAUAUCAAGCGGCUCGUUGAAGAAGAGCACGAAAAACGUGAACUCGAAGAGAAACUGAAGAAGCGUAUGCACUUCUUCAAAAAAGCCGCCACCGCAUAUGAGGAGGGCAAGCAGUCGAGAAGGAAGUCAGGGAAAAGAAGUUUGUCCAAACUGCAUCAUCUCGAAAAUGUGCUGAAGCACGAGCACUACGACCAAAUGGAAUUGAUGAAAAGGGAAUUUAGGAAACGAAAGGAGUCUUCGAAACCCUUCGAUCAGGCGGUUGCUGAACCGAUCAUGCUUGUAAGAGAAGGAGCCAAGCUGGCUAUGAUGUUAGCGGGCCAGAACGCUUCUGGCUUCGAAGACAAGACAGUGAAGAUGAUAAGUCCAAGAAUCAUGAGUCUUCUACCGGAAGAUGAAAACACCAAAACAAAGGAGGUGAACGUGUUUUCUCCAUCGCUAUUCUCCCUACACAAUCAAGGAAAUGGUAUAGAAAAAUUGACAUCGUUACCAAAUUUACUUAAUCUCACCGGCUUACUGGAUAAUCGUGAUCAACAAGACUGGAUGGACUUCGUGAUUGAGACGUCGGGUGCUGGUGAUGUGCUCGAAAAGGCCAAGGAGAAAAAAGCAAACCAAACAGCGAGUAACGACGUGAGACGAAUUCGUGGACCAGACGGUCAACCUAUCUAUCUAACGAAGAAAAAUGUGACCAAAUUGUUUGGAAAGGAACAGACGUCCAGGAUAGAAGUCUUCGAACAACUUCAAAAGUCGUUCACUCCUAUGCAGGCCGCUUUGAUUGUGCAAUAG